CCGUGUUCUGUCUUUAACAUUUCGGCUCUCGGGCAACAAAACGUGGUUUUAGAGCAACAAAAUAUUUAUUUUGCUCGAUUCGUGAAAAUUAGUUUUCGUACUGCGUAGAACUUUAGCUCGUUCGAUGCUGGACUAGUGCGGGAAUCGCGGUGUGAUAAAGUGCUCAAGAAUCGGUCAAGUGCGUUUACGCCAGGAACGAUUUAAGUUUUGUAUCCCUGUACAGGUUCGAUUUGGUCGUUCGAAUCGUCUGGCAGAACAGAAAGCAGUGUUUUCUUGUUCUUUUCGUUAGCUCUUUUCGCAAUUCAUCGACACUGCUCUAACAGCAUAGUCGAGAGUGACUGUGGGCAGGAAGAAUAAACGGACAGAAAUAACAAGAACUUCCUUCGGAAGAACCAUCCGCAAGGGAAGAGAAAACGGAAGGCUUUUCCUGUUCUAUGGAAGUGCAGUUUUCAUCAUUUGCGAAAAUCAGCGCUAUUGGUAAAAAGUGUGUGGCUAAAGUGAAAGUCUAGUUUUCGAUAUUUUGAAGGAUUGCUACUACCAGUCGGAUUCUGUUUCAUUUUGUCCGUACAUUAGCCUGUUUAGAAAUCAUCCAACAUAAAGAACAAGAUUAUGUCAUCAGGAUUCUUGUCAUAGUGAAACAGAAAAACAACUGAGUGCUACGAAAAGUAAAAAUACCCUUUUACCGUAUUACUCCAAGUGAGGUUUUUUCUGUUUCAAAUCCGACCGGUCAUUUUCUUAAUAGAGAGCCUAAUGAUGGCCAAUUCCGGAACGGCUGCCAGGUGCUCCUCUUCUGAGCAAUAAGCCAAAAGAGCGAGUGAGAUAGCAAGCCACAGUACUGGCUAACAUGGAGCGAAAAGGUCGAUAAAGUAGUCGCCCUGCAUUAGUGCAAGAGAGUACGCAACAGCUCUUCGUCUUCGUUGUGUAGUUUGCCGGAACGCUUCAUUGUUCACUUUCCUGCCUGCGCCGGUUUUGACAGUUUUGGCAGUGUAGAAGAGAACGAGAGACGAGUUUCUGCUCUUUCAGCUUCUUUUCGUUUUGUUUUUAUUUGCUGCACAGCAGGCUUCAAGAGUGUAUUCUACGCCUGCACAUUUAAAUCACCAGUGAGGAAAUAUAUCGGGUAAGGAACGACCGGACGGACGGUUUACUCCAACCUGAGGACGAUUCUUGCCAGCUAGGCUUUGAAGUAUUGCAUUGCUAAGUAGAACGACCUGCUUAGUUGAACGGACACUGUCGUGGAAAGGAUACCGGCAACGGCUAUUCGACUCCAAAAUGGCAACGCACGUUUCAGAGGAGAGUGGUGCAGCCAAUAAUAACAAUAACACUACUAGCUCCGCUCCCAGUUCAGGCUCAUCUUACGCAAAUGUCCUCCUAAAUAUAAAAGAACAGAACCAGAAAGAGCAGCAAAAUGACAAUAACAAGGAAAACAUUCGUAGAGAGAAACCUACCACAGGUAUAACGCCAGGUGGAGCAAGUGGUUCAUCCAAAGCUUCCGAUGGUCCUAGCAAAGAUAGCGGAGGAAAUAUUAUAGCAACAACUGGAGCAGCCGGUGGAGAUGAUCUGGAAGAUGAUGCUAGUUUUGUCCCGGUAGUUUCCCACAAUAAACGCGAUCGUCGCUACAGACAGAAAGUAGCUGCAGCAGCUGCUGCUUCAAAAUCGGGAGACCAGCAACAACAUCAAGGUGGUGAUAAACCAAUAUUGUCAAAAACGUCUCGACGAUCGGGUGGUAAAGCUGGUGUUAUAGCGAAGGAUACUAUCGAAGGUAGUAGCGGUGGUCCUCCCAAGAAGGAAGGGAAAAGAAAAUCUGGCGAACGAAAACGUAUCCGCGGACGGGGCGAGGUGGAUAAAGAGGAAAAGCUUCCCGAGAAGGAUUAUCUGGGUGAUACGAGUACUUCUACCAAAGUCAGCAGUGAAGAUGGUUCGGACAAGGAAGUACCGAAAAAGUUUGUCGAAGCACCGUUGCCAAAAGUCAAUGCCUGGAAGGUAACUCCCGUCGUCGAACCAAUGCCCAUCCCAUCCGGUGACAGUCGUCCAUCGAAAUCCUCAAACGAACCCAGUACAACAACGGCAGCCGUAGUUGUAGCAUCAUCAUCCAAUGCACUUCCAUCAGAAGUGUCCGGUCAAAAGCCGUUAUCGCAGCCCUCGUCGGAAAAACGUGUCCUACAACCCAAACAGCAGCAAACAAAAGCCCAAUCACAACAACCCAGAGCUAGUGCUCCCCCGAAAUCGACUGUCGAGGGUUCGAAAGUAACUUCACAACAACUUAAAGAAAAGAAGCGACCUAGUCAAAAGUCUAAUAACCUAACCAGUAAUUCUGACUGGCCAACACUAGACAGCCGGCCGAAGGCCAGUGAACCGAGAAAACAGACCGCCGUUCAGGUUGCCGAAAGUUCCUCGUCGACCGCAACAUCAGCACCCGGAGAGUCAGAAAAACCAAUCGUAGCUAAACCCAGUGAAGCUGUUGCUAUUCAAACUCCACGAACGGAUGGACCACCUGUAGUCAAACUUUCGCCUUCUGUACCGACUGACGUAACCACAGAAGAAACGACCACGACCCUGCAACCAGUUCCUGCCAAACAAUCGUCCUCCGAGGAAGAUUUUAAUCGACCAAAGAGCGCUGAUUCCAGUGAUCCAGCUAAUGGUGCUAAUAGUCGUGGUAAAGGACCCCGACCGAAGUGGGUACCAUUACCAAUCGAUAUACCGAAGCAACGUGCUCGUCGAGAACGAACUCCCAGACGACGUCGGUUCGAUGAUUAUGAUGAAGGCGGCAGUUGGCACCAGGAACGAUCUUCACUACCACGAUCCAGCCGCAUACGAACUGGACGAGGGGGUGGACCUCCCCCGUCUUAUCGAGGUGGUCGUGGAGGAAGAAUUUCACGAGGUGGCAUUAGCAGAAGAGGACUAUCUUCGACGCGCGGUGGCGCAAGACACGGCGACAGGGAAAGUUUACCAUUUGCGAAUGGUGGCGAUUUUUCAAAAGAAUUCAACGGCUUUGGACAAGUUAUUGGAAAAGACCAAGCGGCGUUCAUGAUGCCUUACCUAAGCACCUUCUACUACAAUGGCGCGCCACUUAUUGGAAUGGAUCAGCUAAGUAUCAAGGAAUGCAUCAAGAAACAGAUUGAAUACUACUUUAGUGAAGAAAAUCUGAAACGAGACUUUUACCUUCGACGCAAAAUGGACCCAGAGGGCUACCUUCCGGUAACGCUGAUUGCUUCGUUCCAUCGGGUACAAGCCCUCACGCUAGACCUGAACACCAUCAUCACGGCAAUUCAGGAGUCCGAAGAGCUAGAGCUUACCGACGACUACAAGGUUCGUACCAAAACCGAUCCGACCAAGUGGCCAAUAGAUCCGGCGGACGUCGGAAGCAACCACUAUGGUUCCAAUGUAUCUGCCCCUGCUUUCGUAUCGUCUGGGCCCCAGACUGAAGACAAACGAUAUGUGGGCCAGAUAGCGUCCAAGAUUCUCUCAAGUAUUCCACCUCCGCCAUUGGCACGGAGCAUUCGUAGUCAAGUUGCACAACAACCCGCCAUCAAUACGGUUCCUACCUUAGCCACUUCGGCUGUUCCAACGGUACCAACGUUAUCAAAGACAUCAGAACCGGAGAAUUUGAAUCCUAACGUGCCGGAAUUUAUUCCGACGUUGUCUCUUCGUAAGCAAUCAGUCGGAAAUGUAACCCCAGUCCAGCCAGCAGGAAUAAUACCGGAUCAGCUCAGUAAACCAUCGGAGGAAAAAGAAAACAUUGCUCAGGACACUCAGAUUCCAAAAAACGCGCAAGGGAAAUCUAACUCUAAAGAGAGUGACACCGAUAAGCUUUCCACCACGGAAGCACCCGUUGUCACUGAAGAAGCCGAACUGUGGAAGGAAGUUAAGCGUCGAUCACGCUCUGCCCAGCCUCAUCAGGCCAAACAACAGCAACAGACUACGGAGGGUAACACAAUCAAACAAGAACUUCCAAAAAAAGAUGAUAAGCAGCCAAUGCCUAGUAAGGUGGGUGCUCUUCCACAGGACUCGGCUAAAUCGACAGCUGCUACAGCUGCCACACGGCCAUCCCAUCCAAACGAAGAACGGGAGGAGUUAGAUUUCCAGUUUGACGAAGAACUAGACAUCCCACGAGGGGUUGGUCGUGUGAACCAUUUCACGGACAAUUGGUCUGAAGACGAGGACGAAUCCGACUACGAACUUUCGGAUCACGAAAUUAAUAAAUUGCUUAUUGUAACGCAGGUUGGCAAUCGAGCACCGAAGCACGAUGGGUACGAUCGAACGGGUGAUUUUACAACGCGUACUAAAAUCACCCAAGACCUCGAACAGAUUAUCAAUGAUGGACUACACAACUACGAAGAAGACUUGCUGACAAUCAAUUGCCGGCGUGGGGGAAGUAACUACAGAACCAUUAACCUGAUCUCUCAGGCAGAGUUUGACAAAAUCAUCCCAAAGCCGCCAAAAGUGACGCAAGAAGUACCACCUCCACCGCCACCGACAUUUAUCGAAUCGGACGACUAUCUCAAUGCAAGCACAACUAGUGCCAUACAUCGACACAAGGCACGUUUCUUUGCUGUUAACAAGGAUGAAUUUGUUGAUCCGAUCACUCCGCGAAAGCGUAAGACGAGGCAUUUGAACAAUCCACCGGUCGAAAGUCAUGUCGGUUGGGUUAUGGACGCUGUUGAACAUCGACCCCGUACCACCAGCAUGGGUAGUUCCACUGGAACAUCCCCUACCGCAUCCAGUUACGGUUCGCUGCCACAAAGUUUGCCGACAUUUCAACAUCCUUCGCACUCGUUGCUUAAAGAAAACGGAUUUACACAGCAGGUCUACCACAAAUAUCAUAGUCGUUGUUUGAAGGAACGCAAACGAAUGGGUCCCGGUCAGUCACAGGAGAUGAACACACUUUUCCGAUUCUGGUCAUUCUUCUUACGCGAGAACUUCAACAAAACAAUGUAUGCUGAGUUCCGUCAGGUUGCCCUGGAGGAUUCAUCGGAAGGCUUCCGGUAUGGUUUGGAAUGUUUGUUCCGGUUCUACUCGUACGGUUUGGAGAAAAAAUUCCGAUCGCAACUUUACGAAGACUUUCAGCAGGAAACGAUUAGAGACUACGAAAAUGGACAACUCUACGGUCUGGAAAAGUUCUGGGCUUUUCUCAAGUACUACAAGAAUGCGCCUAAACUGAGCGUCGAUCCGCUGUUGAAAGAAUAUCUGGACAAGUUCAAAUCGAUCGAAGACUUCCGCGUGCUGGAGCCGCAGAUAAACGAAAUGCUUGAAGGAGUGGGCAAUCUGAAAUCUUCGCCAUCGAAGCGAAGACCUCGGAGUGUGUCGGAAAGUGAAGGCGUCGCCGUCGUUGCUGGACCGAGCAAUAUCAAACGGGCCCAUCACGCGGGGGGCGGUGCUGGAACAUCAGGAACAGGAGCAGGAUAUUCUGGCGGCUACAAUCAGUCGCAGUAUUAUCGAAAGAGGUGUGAUUCCGCUGGCAAUCGAAUGGUAGACGGUACGAACCGCCCAGGUCCUUCAGGUUCUCGCACCCGUACCGGGUCCAUCGGUGACAGUACAAGUAAACAUUCCGGUGGUCGUCCCCGGAGCGGAUCAACCGGCAACAAAGUGGUACGCGUGACGAAUGAUCAACGAUUUUCGUUCAACCGAGCUGGUCAAUCAUUCGGAUCGGUUAAACCGCAGCAGCAACAACAGCAGAAAGGACAUAGCAGUAGUGCAAAAGCAGUUGACAGCUCAGCAGCAUCAUCAUCAUCGACAGCGGGUGCUGUAGCAUCAACCAGUGAGAAACCUUCGUAAGUGGCGUUUCAAACAAAUUCAGCUACAGAUGGAUUAGAAAUUAAAUCUGUAAAGUAAAUCACUAACUUUGUGUUGCUUUCGUGUACACAUCGUUAUGUAAUCGUCGGCAUAUUGCGCAUAUUUUUUCGGUCUUAUAUUUUUGAUGACUUGAAAUUGAUCAGUUUUUUUUACUGUGUAGAAACUAUUGAUAUUUGUUCCUUCGUUACUCUCGGGCAAUAUUUGAGUGAGGACACUACACUGCAACGUUGACGGCAGUAAUAGUGUAUUGCUCUGGUCCGAUAUAAUGAACAAGCUUCGAACGUAGCUAACGAGAACAGACACAGCACACACACACAUCAAAUUACUCGAACUUACCAUUUGCAAAAGAGGAAUAUUUACUGCCAGUGCCCUUCUCUCGUUGGAAUUUAUAUACAUGUAUGCCGACCUCGAAGAAAAUAACGCGGUUAGACAGAUUGCAGGAAGACAAGAAGAGUUUGAAUUCGCUUCGCUUUAGCUCUGCUGCUCCUUGUUUGAACAUGUUUUUCUGUUUCCUUAAAAGUUUCAUUUUAAUCGUACAUUCUAUCGUGGAUAGCAUAUUACAAGUUAAUAAAAGUAAAAAAAAGGAGCUAGUUCUUGUGCACACAAACAUGCAUUACAUUUACAUAGACACACAGCCAAGCCUAUAUUUUAAUCGACAACAGUGCGGGGAAAGUAACAAAUUAUAACAAAUUGAUUACAAUAGUGGAAAAAGGAUAGCUAUAAACAUACAAAAUACAGCGCGGGGCGCGAAGCUUCUCUGUGUAAGAAAAGUCUCCCACAUUGCCUCGAAAAAUAUACAAAACUAACCCACAUUUUUACAGACAAAGCAUUAAAACAGAAACGAAGAAACAGAUCCACGCUUUCCGAACGGAUUUUUGAUCAUUUUCCUCCUAACGCUGUAAUUGCCUUAAGUUUCAGAGAGUUGUUUGUUGAUUACAAAAAAAUAGUAAUAAUUAAGGAGAACAGAAUAAAACAUGGUUAAAAAUGAACUAUUUAUAAGC